ACGUCACGCCGCCCGACGCCCGCUCGGCAGGGUGAGCCCCGCGCCCGGCGCCUUGCAGGGCAGGACCCCGGGCCGGAGUGCGCGCCGGGACCGCCCGCGUGUCCGUGUCCGCGUGUCCGCGCCCGCGUGUCCGUUCCCGCGCCCUCGCGUCUGCCCCCGCGUGUCCGCGCGCUGACCGUCAGCCAGAAAAAUCAUCUUUCUUCUCUGGAGGGUGAACAUUGAUAGCAUUGAUUUCACGGAUCUGGUAACAUGGCAAAAGAUGCCGGUCUAAUUGAAGCCAACGGGGAACUAAAGGUCUUCAUAGACCAGAACCUUAGUCCUGGAAAAGGUGUUGUGUCCUUAGUAGCUGUUCACCCCUCCACAGUAAACACGCUUGGGAAGCAGCUCUUGCCAAAAACGUUCGGACAGUCAUCCAAUGUCAACAUUACACAGCAAGUGGUAAUUGGUACGCCUCAGAGACCUGCAGCGCCAAACACUAUCGUGGUAGGAAGCCCACACACCCCUAACACUCACUUUGUCUCACAGAACCAGCCUUCAGACCCCUCACCUUGGUCUGCCGGGAAACGCAACAGGAAAGGAGAGAAGAACGGUAAGGGCCUGAGGCACUUCUCCAUGAAGGUCUGUGAGAAAGUGCAGAGGAAGGGAACCACGUCCUACAACGAGGUGGCCGACGAGCUGGUCGCAGAGUUCAGUGCCGCCGAUAAUCACAUCUUACCAAACGAAUCCGCUUAUGAUCAGAAGAACAUAAGACGGCGAGUCUACGAUGCCUUAAAUGUGCUGAUGGCCAUGAACAUCAUCUCCAAGGAGAAGAAGGAAAUCAAAUGGAUUGGUCUGCCCACCAACUCAGCUCAGGAAUGUCAGAAUUUAGAGGUAGAGAGACAAAGAAGACUUGAAAGAAUAAAACAGAAACAGUCUCAACUUCAAGAACUUAUUCUACAGCAAAUUGCCUUCAAGAAUCUGGUGCAGAGAAACCGCCAGGCAGAGCAGCAGGCUAACCGGCCACCUCCGCCCAACUCUGUCAUCCACUUGCCUUUCAUCAUUGUGAACACCAGCAAGAAAACCGUCAUCGACUGCAGCAUUUCUAAUGACAAAUUCGAGUAUCUAUUCAAUUUUGACAACACGUUUGAAAUCCAUGACGACAUAGAAGUGCUGAAGCGCAUGGGGAUGGCCUAUGGGCUGGAGUCCGGAAGCUGCUCUGCUGAAGACCUGAAAAUGGCAAGAAGCUUGGUGCCGAAAGCACUGGAACCCUACGUGACAGAAAUGGCUCAGGGACCCCUCGGCAGUGUAUUCCUCGCGUCAGCAGUAUCAACCUCUAACGGCACAAGGCUCUCUGCCAGUGACCUGACCAAUGGUGCGGACGGGAUGCUGGCCACGAGCUCCAGUGGGUCUCAGUACAGCGGGUCCCGGGUGGAGACUCCCGUGUCCUACGUCGGGGAGGACGAGGACGACGACGAGGAGUACGAAAACGACGAGGAAGACUGAUGCGUCUGCUCACGUUCAGCUUCAGGAAAGCAUGUUUAGGAAAGAGAAACUUUUCUUAAUGUGGGCUUUCCUGUUUCUUUUUGGCUUCCUCCCAAGAAGAUAUUGGUAAGCUAUUGCAUUUGACGUGCACCUCUGAUAAGCAAGCACCUCUGAUAAGCAAGCGAGGGCUGUUUUCUGCAGGGCUUUUCGUAGGAUUUUGUGUUUUCAUUUUUCUUUUUUUUUCUUUCUUUUUUUUUAAAUUUGGAGUUCCUUUUUUGCCCCUUAACAAUUCUUGCUGAGUUUGCUGAAGAAGAUGUGCUUCCAUCUACAUCAACGAAAAAUGCCAUCCUCCCGUCGAGGCCGCCCCGAAGGCCACUUACUUGCCGCGUGCUGUGCGGGGCGCCACCCCCCGGCGGAGCGUGCGGCUCCAUGCCGAGCUCCCGUUUGUGACCGUCUGCGGCGUCCGCAGAACCAAGCAAAUGGCGGAGCUGCUUUCCAGCAUUGAGCACCACAAAGCCUAUUUUUACGUAUUUCCCCUUAAAUUAUAUUGACUGUGUGAUUCCAUAUACUUUCCCUUUCUUUUUUUUUCUUUUUCUUUUUUUUGUCCACGGUGAAGCAGGCAUUCGAAGUUGUUCAUUUGUGUUUGUGUGUGUUUGGUUUGGUAGUUUUCUGCCGUGCUGGUGCAGCUGUGAGAACUCUGGAAAUCUUGGGAUGGUUUUUUGCUUAUGGUAAAAUUUGCCUGAUUUCUUACAGGCAGCAUUUGGAAACUUUUUAUUAUAUAGUUGUUUACAUACUUAUAAGUCUGUCAUUUAAAGACAUGUACUGAAACAAAUGUUGUAUUUGUUUCAUGAGCAUCUUCCUGUAAUCUAUUACAAAGUUGAAAUUAAAUAUAGAGAAUGUUUUAACAGUUUUUUAACUCAAAAUUUGUCAAUCAUUUUUAAUAGUUCUUUUUUUAUAAAAAGAAAAAGGAAUUUCAGGACAGGCAGUAGCUUCUUUUAAAAUUUAUCCACAAAGAACCAUUAACUGCACAGUUGCUGUUAGCUGCCUGUUCUAAAACAAUAGUCUUUUUAUUGAAACACAAAUAAACUUUUCUGUAAUAUUUUAUGGAAUAUAAAGAGACUUUAAUUGUUUGACUUGUUUAACUUGGCACUGUUAGUUUUUAUUAAUAAAACGCGCAUGGGCAUUUUAAA